UCAUUGCACAACAUAAUUAUUCUGUACUUGCUUAUAUUUAGUGUUCGGGGAUUUUUAUUUGCACAAAUCUAAGCUUCCUCUGUUCUCUGUCAUGGCUCGUUCACUCUCUGGUGACACAGAAGUUCAGACCUCUCGCGAUUCAAGCAGCAAUCGCGGUGGCUGGAGAACUUUUCCAUUCAUGAUCGCUACGUUGUUAGGCCUGUCCAUAGCUUCAUUCGGAUGGGUAAUGAACUUAGUCGUCUUCCUAAUCGAUGUAUUCAAUAUCAAGAGCAUCGCUGCUACGCAGAUUUCAAAUAUUGUUAAUGGAUGUGUGAGCAUGUUGCCUGUUGUUGCAGCGAUACUAGCUGAUUCUUUCUUCGGAAACAUUCCCGUCAUCUCGGUCUCUGCCUUCAUAUCUCUGCUUGGUAUCCUUCUCUUGACCUUGAUCACAUCUUUGGACUACUUGAGACCUCCACCGUGUCAAACGGGGUCAAGUCUAUGCCAACCGCCAUCACAACUCCAGCUCGGGAUCUUGUAUGCAGCCUUAGCUCUAGUGAUCAUUGGAUCAGCUGGGACGCGGUUCACCUUGGCAUCCGCGGGUGCAAACCAAUAUGAGAAACCUAAAGAACAAGGAAGCUUUUUCAACUGGUACUUCCUCACACUAUACUCUGGAGCUAUUACUGGCGCAACAGCAAUUGUAUAUACACAGGAAAAUGCUAGCUGGGAACUUGGUUUUGGUCUUUGUGCCAUCGCUAAUCUGAUCAGUUUCAUCGUUUUCGUCUCUGGGAAGAGAUUCUACAAGCAUGAUAAACCCAUGGGAAGUCCCUUCACAAAUCUGAUCCGCGUUGUAGUCGCUGCUACAGCAAAAAGGAAGGCUGUAAUUUCAUCCAGAGAAGAAAACUAUCACCAUGGGCUUGGAAGAGAGAGCAAGACGUCUGUGGCAAUGCCCUCCCAGAGCUUCAGCUUCUUUAACCGUGCAGCAUUGAAAACCGAAGACUACUCUGUUAAUAACAUGUGGAGGCUAUGCUCAGUGCAAGAAGUAGAAGAUUUCAAAGCCGUUUUCCGGGUUCUUCCUCUGUUGCUCGCCAUCAUUUUCGUUAGUACUCCCAUGUUGUUCUCUGCCAUGGCUGAUUCAAACUCUGGUGACACAGAAGCACAUCGCUCUAGCGAUCCAAGCGGAAAACGUGGUGGCUGGAUCACUUUACCGUUCAUGCUCGUUACAUUGUUUGGCAUGUCCGUAACUUAUUUCGGAUGGGUAAUGAACUUGAUCGUCUUCUUGAUGGAGGAAUUCAACAUCAAGAGUAUUGCUGCUGUUCAGAUUUCAAAUAUUGUCAAUGGACUUGUCAACAUGUUGCCUGUUGUUGCUGCCAUCAUAGCCGAUUCCUAUUUUGGGAACAUUCCCGUCAUUUCGGCCUCCGCAUUCAUUUCUCUGACUGGAAUCUCUCUCUUGACCUUAAUCACAUCUUUGGACUAUUUGAGACCUAGACCAUGUGAAACGGGGUCAGUUCUAUGCCAAUCGCCAUCAACACUACAUCUUGGGAUCUUGUAUGCAGCCUUAGCUCUAGUGAUCACUGGAACAGCUGGGACGCGGUUCAUCUUGGCAGCCGCUGGUGCGAACCAAUAUAAGAAACCUAAAGAGCAAGGAACCUUCUUCAACUGGUACUUUUUCGCAUUUUAUGGUGGAGCGAUUACUGGCACCACAGCAAUUGUAUAUGCACAGGACAAUGCUAGCUGGAAGCUUGGUUUCGGUCUCUGUGUCGCUGCUAACUUGAUCAGUUUCAUUGUUUUCGUCGCCGGGAAGAGACUCUACAAUUAUGACAAACCUUUGGGAAGUCCUUAUACAAGUCUAAUUCGCGUUUUAGUCGCUGCUACAGUGAAAAGAAAGGCUGUGAUUUCAUCGAAACACGAAGACUAUCAUCAGCGUGGUCUCGGAAAUGAGGCCAAGACUUCUUCUGAAAUUCCCUCCAAGAGCUUCAGGUAAAAACCAAAACGUUUUCUGAUUCAUGUAACAUAAACAUAGAGCUAAAAGAGUUUUACGUGUGCAGGUUCUUGAACCGUGCAGCAUUGAAGACCGAAGACGAAGAAGAUUUAAACCCGAGUAGUGACACAAUCAAUAACGUAUGGAGACUAUG